CCAGUCAGCCCACGGGCCCGGGGACCAGUCGCCGGGGCAUCGCUGGUGGGGACGCAGGCCUGUCAGAGCUGCGACAAGGCAAUCACAGCUCGCCAAGAUGCUGCUGAAGGCACUGACGGUGUGUCUUCUGGUGACACAAUGUGUCGGGGCGCCCAAGAGCUCGCCGCCGGCCGUCGGCGGACCCAUCGAUGAGCUCAUCGUCGCUCUUCUGGAGGCGUUCAGAGACUCCCUGAGCGAGCCGCAGCCCAUUCCCGACAUCCCAUUCAACCUGGAUGUGCCGGGACUCCUUACCAUCCACCUGAACAUCACCGAAGCCCUCCUGCACGAUCUGUCAACGUUCGUCAUCGACAACAUCCACGUGAACAUGCUUACCCUGAAGCUGGACCUGGCUCUGAGUCUGCCCACCCUCAGCCUGGAGUGUAACUAUGCCUUCGGCAGCGGCAGCGUCAUCGGUGACCUCUUUCCUCUGUACGGCGCCGGCCCCGCCAGCUUUGCCAUGGAAGGCAUGGUCCUGACUGCCAAUGCCGAUCUGAAGCAAAACUUUUCUGGCGGACAUGACCACUACCAGAUAACCGAUCUGGAUUUCUACUACCACUUCGACACUCUGGACGUCCAGAUGCACAACCUGUUCAAUAGCGAAGACAUGGCCACUGUGAUUGACGGCUUCGCCGACGACCUGGGGCCGAUUCUGGUGGACGUGAUCGUCAACGAGACGCGCACUGACCUGAUGCCGGUCAUCAUCGAUGUGUUGAACGACAUUCUGUGGAACGCCACCAUCCUGUCGCCGAGCCCGGAGGCCGCUGACGAGGCUCCUCUCAGUGAGCCGUUGAAACCAGUGCCGGUAAAACUGCCUAUCCGGGAUGGCGUGGAGGCUCGUCAAGCUCCUCUUCAGAACCUCCCUAAGAUCGAUCGCGUGGGCCAGGCUGAUGUGCCCAAAAUCAACAUCAAGAGGCGCCAAGGAAAGUAUCCGUGAUACUGAAGAUCACCUAACGUUCUGUGCCGUCCUCUAGCAAAUGAAGAAACAGCCGGUCUUCUUUCUGAAUGACUUCUACUUCUCAGUUGAAAUCGUCAUGUUUACGUCUAUAUUUAGCCAUUAGAUGUAAUUAAUAUGAAUUCAAUUACAUGGUUCAUGCAGUUGUUUUUGGAACGAACAGUGAUGAAAACAAAACAAGUUGGGCUGUAAUAUUGCAAAAUAAAGCAAGGAAUUAUCAUGUUAUGUUGAAUGUUUCGCUCAUCCCUAUAGCUACACUACAUAUAUGACUGCCAAACGAAACUUCUUUAAUGGCAUAAAACUUUGUUUUUAGCCUCAUAUAUUCAGUACUCUGAAGGGAAUAUGAUUACUAUGGGCUGCAUCCCUCUUUUGGGUUUGGCUGGAACACUUGGAUGUAUAGUCAUUCACUGCUGGUGUUUAUUAUGCUCUGCUGAUCCAUGCGACAACACAUUAGAAAUCAAAACGGCGCGAAACAAGGUUCCGAAUAUAAUUAAAUGUCUUGUACUUGGCAUCGCACACUUAUUUAUCGAAACAACGAUACUUUGCGAAAAGAUGGUGCAUGUGAAAAUGAACUGCAUUUAUACACUAAAAAUGCUUGUAUGUUAUGUAAAGUGGAUUUAAUGAUAACAUGUAACGAUCUGCUUGCCUACUUUGCUAUGCUUUGAAAGCGAACAUGGGAUUAUGCAUAACGACAUACGAAACAUUAUUACGAAAGUUGGGAAUAUAAUUCAUUUGAACACUC